AUGCCAGUACGCAACAUCACGAGUGAAGACGCGUUCGAUAAUCUUCUGGUGGAGAAUCGUGUGGCGGUCAUCGAGUUCUACUCCUCAACAUCCGGAUCAUGCAAAGCAAUUGCUCCAGUGUUUGAUCACUGCUCCGACUGGGAAAAAUUCCAUGCCAUAUCUUUUUUCAGAGUCGACGCUGGCGAGCUGCCGCAACUGUCGAAGCACCGCGGUGUGACUGCGAUGCCCACGUUCCAGCUCUACGUAGGCGGCGACAAGGUGGACGAGAUCAAGGGCUCGAACCAGACAGCGCUCGUUGGCCUGAUUGAGGCAGUACUUGCAAGGAGAGGCCCCGUUCCCACAGCUCUGCUGCUCACCGCGGCAUCUGAAUUUGUGCUUGCCGCGAGCCCUCCUACUGCCACCAGUGCGCGCUUCGCCAGCCCUCAUGGGACGCCCAUCAUGUCUCCCCUGAGGGAGCAGUACGGCCUCUGCAGUCCCGUCGCGACCCCCGUCACGGCAUUCGCGCCGCGCUUCAGCGUCCCUCUCAACACUCCAGCCACCGCGCACUGGAAGACCACCACAUUCUUUGACAGCGAGGACACCAUCAAGGAGGAGGACGAGACGGAGGCCGCCGCCGCCCCCGUUCUCCCAGAGGACGACGCCAAGCCCAGCAAGUGGAAGGUCUUUGACAUGACCAACUUCCCCGGCCUGGCUGCCCUGUCGGCCAUCGCCGCGGCGCCCGCCCCCUCCCCGCGCGAGGCUCCCGCCGACGCGACCGAGGAGGCCGUCCACAGGAACCUCCACGACCGCGGCCUCAAGGCCCGCACGUGGAAGGGGAUCGACUUCUCCGACUUCCCGGGCAUCGCCCAGGCCGCCAACUUCGUCAAGCGAACCUCGACCAUCGUCAUCGACGAGGAGGCCGACGACAUCCUCAACAGGAAGCUCCUGGUCGAGGGCGCCGACGGCCAGAAGGUCCAGUACCCCAGGAGCCCCUACCCCAGCUUCGCCGGUUGGGAACUUCCGGACGAUGCUGCCGUGGACAGGGAGGCGGACGAUAUUCUUAGGAACAACCUUCAUUUGCAGGAGCGGGUGGCGUCGCCCCGCAUGAUGCUUUGA